AUGGAGGUCGCUGAUGUAGACGCAGCGGGCGUCAAGACUUGCGCAGCGAAUCCUCAGAAUCUGGCGACGUUCCCUGCAGAGUCCAGCAACAAGACUUGCUGCCUCAGAUUCUGGCCGUAUUGUUGUAAUCCAUGUUUCCCUUGUUUCUUAUUUGCGUUGUGCAUAUGGUUGGCCGGCUUCAUAAUGAUACCGUUCGUGGUGCCCGAGUUCUUCUUCAGCACUGCUGGAAUGGAAGAUGACGCCUGUCAUUGGAUGCGCACCGUCAUGUUUUGGCUGACGUUUGCCGCGAUGUUGCUCUGUUUCUUUGGCCACGUGAUCGCUGAAUACAGCCACAUGGUCGAUGAAUGCCACAAGAAGUGUGGGUCGGAUGCAGUCGCCAGAUUACAGGCACUGGGAACUACCAGGAGCAGUGCCCCGGCUGCUUGUGUGUGUUUGUAG